CGCAGCCGCACCACCAGGUUCUUCCCCACCUUCUUCUACGUCAAUUCUCUUUCCUUUCGUCCUUCUUCUUUCCUCCUCAUACUUCUUCGCCGUCGCCGUCGCCGUCGCCGCCGCAGCCGCGCACCAGGUUCUUCCCCCAUCUUCUUCUUCUUCCCCAAUUCUUUCUUUUCUUCCAUCGUCUUUCUUCCUCCUCCUAAAGUCGCCGCCCCGGUUCCAAAUAAAACUGUAACCGCCGGUUCAAAAACCGGAGAACCGACGGUUUGAACCGGCGGUUCUGAACCGGAUGGGCAAGUCUAGACUUUAGUGAGAAUCUGUAUUUUCAUCAUUUAGACACGCCACCUCCGCCAUGGAGGGAUGAUAAUUGGCAGUAGUAGACUCGGAUUGAUCUGCUCCGCCGCGCGAUUUUUUCCCGCCAUUUUAUUUCCUUCUUGUUGAUGUUUCCACUGGGAUUGAGCUGCCGUCGAUCUGUUCUCAUCUCAGUGCUCAAUUUCUCCACCAAACUGCCGCUCCCUUCUCCUCGUUUAGCAUCACUGAAGCCGUCGGUUUUUCUCGCAAAGUUCAACCCUAGAUUGAAAACAAUGUCUGGCUCUCGUCCGUCGGCAUUCGACGUCCUCAUGUCCAACGCUUCCAAAAAAAAGAAAAGUCCGUCUCAGCCACAACCAUCGCCGGCGAAAGAAGGGAAGCGCAAGACUCGCCAAACCCCUGAUUCAAACCCUAAUAAAAAUGCCGCGGAGGAAAGUCGAGAUAGCGUCAAGAACACGUCCGCAAGCCAAGCUGUGUUGGCCAAUGAGGAGAAAUCAUUGAAGAACACUUCCGAUGGAGGUAAAGAGAAAAGUAGGCCAAAAUCCAGCGAUGAUUCGAGUGGAGACACGGGGUUGAAGAAGAAGGCCAAGGUUUCGAUCACACCUGAUGAGAGUGCUGUGGAGUUGAAGAAAAAGGCAGCAGCUUUUGAUGUGAAGAGGGCGGCCUAUUGGGGGACGGGGAAGAAGGUGCCUUUCAUGUUUGUAGUGAAGGCUCUUGAUGCUAUAUCGAAGGAGUCGGGCAGGAUUGCCAUUACAGAGAUUGUGUGUAAUCUGCUUAGGACAGUAAUUGUGACUUCGCCUGAUGAUUUAUUGGCGGUGGUGUACCUUUUGGCAAAUAGAAUUGCACCUGCACAUGAGGGUUUGGAGCUUGGCAUUGGAGAUGCAUCGAUUAUCAAGGCCCUUGCGGAGGCAUGUGGGGCUAAAGAAGCACAUAUCAAGAAGCAGUACAAGGAGCUUGGGGAUUUAGGUCUAGUGGCAAAGGCUAGUCGUUCAUCACAGCCUUUGAUGCAUAAACCGGAAGCAUUGACCGUUGCUAAAGUUUUCAAUACAUUUCGGCUUAUUGCCAAGGAAUCAGGCAAAGAUAGUCAAGAGAAAAAAAAGAACCACAUAAAAGGAUUACUUGUUGCUGCAAGUGAUUGUGAACCUCAAUAUUUGAUUCGUUUGCUCCAGACAAAACUACGUAUUGGUUUGGCAGAACAAACUCUGCUGGCAGCACUGGGGCAUGCUGCUGUAUAUUCUGAGGAGCAUUCUUCGCCUCCUAAGAAGAUUGAUAAUCCUUUUGAAGACGCUGCAAAGAUUGUCAAACAAGUGUAUUCGGUAGUACCAGUCUACGAUAAAAUCAUUCCUGCCCUUCUCUCUGAUGGGGUAUGGAAUCUCCCGAAAACAUGUAGCUUUUCACCUGGUAUUCCUAUUGGUCCCAUGUUAGCCAAACCGACCAAAGGGGUUUCUGAAAUUGUUGAAAAGUUUCAAGAUAUGGAGUUUACCUGUGAGUAUAAGUAUGACGGUGAACGUGCUCAGAUACACUAUAUGGAAAAUGGUUCAAUUGAGAUUUACAGUAGAAAUGCUGAGCGGAAUACUGGAAAAUUUCCGGAUGUUGUGGCUUCUGUUAUGAGAUUGAAAAAUUCUUCCGUAACCUCCUUUGUUCUUGACUGUGAACUUGUUGCAUAUGACCGUGAGAAGCAGAAAAUCCAACCUUUCCAGGUUCUCAGUACUCGUGCUCGGAAAAAUGUUGUCUUGAGCGAAAUCAAAGUCAACGUAUGCAUAUAUGCCUUUGACCUGCUGUAUAUAAACGGUCAAGAACUACUGCAGGAGCAGCUAGAUGUCCGCAGAGAUCAUCUUUACAAAUCAUUUCAAGAAGAGAACGGCUUUUUCCAGUUUGCCACUGCGAUAACAUCGAAGGACUUGGAGGAAAUACAAAAGUUUCUCGAUGAUGCUGUUAAUUCUAGCUCUGAAGGGCUGAUUAUCAAAACUUUGAAAAAAGAUGCUACUUAUGAACCUUCAAAACGGUCUCAUAAUUGGCUUAAACUGAAAAAGGACUAUAUGGAAAGUAUUGGUGAUUCGCUAGAUUUGGUUCCAAUUGCUGCAUUUCAUGGCAGGGGUAAACGGGUUGGUGUCUAUGGGGCCUUUCUUCUUGCUUGCUAUGACAGUGACAACGAGGAGUACCAAAGCAUUUGUAAAAUUGGAACGGGAUUUUCUGAAGCUACACUUGAGGAACGCUCAGCCAGUCUUCGUUCUAAAGUCAUUCCCAAGCCAAAGGUAUAUUACCGAUUUGCAGAUACGCUCAAUCCAGACGUAUGGUUUGAACCGACUGAGGUUUGGGAAGUCAAAGCUGCUGACCUCACAAUCAGCCCCGUUCACCGUGCAGCUGUAGGUAUCGUCGAUCCUGAUAAGGGAAUUUCCCUCCGAUUUCCCCGCUUGCUCCGUGUCCGUGAAGACAAGAAUCCAGAGCAGGCAUCCUCAGCCGACAUGGUUGCAGAUAUGUAUAGAGCACAGAAACAUGCCCAGAAAGACAAACCAGACGAAAACGAGGAUGACUGAAAUAGACUAGAGGAUAUGCAAACCACACGCCUUGCACAUCUAUAAAUGUUUCUUUUUCGAUCUAAUGUCAACAGGCCCUGUAGGACAUGGAAUCCAUGAUCGAUCGAGUUCUUCACCUGCGCUACGCUGUCAGUAAGAUUGUAAACUAUUCGUUAAGUCUUUGUAUGGAGGAACUGUCUAGAAAAUGUAUGCAAACGUAUUGUUUCUUUCGAUUCGAAUCAGGGCAAUGCUGGUUCAAGUUUUUGUCUUCAAUUUUCGUACGAAAGGCAGACCUGCAUUUUUUCGAUUCGAAUGUUGAAGGGCAUGUAGUUGAUGAAUAUAUAGUUCGAUCAGUUUUUAACAUCAAGUUCUAUCUUACAGUAUAGCUGCAACAUUACAAGAUUUGGCAUCAAUU